UAGAUCCAUCAAAAGUCCCCGAGCUCUCUAUCGCCUGAUCCGAAUCCAUCAUGUCGACUUCAAGCCGUACAUCCUCCUCGAGCACCAUUGCAACCACUUCAUCGGGGGUUUGUGUCAUCGGUGGUGGAGAUCUCGCUGCCCUGGGGUUUGCAGGCAUUUCUGCUCCCCGCCAUAUACUCGCUCGCAGUCAAUCGCAACCAUCACUUUUUGUUGCUGAGCCAGAACCUCUCAACGAGCCUCUUCCUCCGCCUCCCCCCUAUCGCAAAUUCAGUUCCGAGUUUGAACAUUUGGGAUUCGGUGGUGUAAAUUGGAGCUAUUCCGAACGUUUACUGGACGAUGUGCAAACGACUACCUACGGCGAAGUCAUCAAGGCUAAGUUGCGCUACAAGCUACAUAAACUUAGGCGCGGGAAGAACUCGCUGCCUUGGGAUGUGUUUUUAAACAAGAAUCUUAGGGAGGGGGAAGUGCCUUGGGCACCGAAAGAUUCUCCGACAUGGAAAUUGACGACUUGUGAGGUUGCAACUUGCAGCUAGGGUCAAAAGCGCGGGCAGCUUUCAUGAGGGUGUGCAAACUAUCUACGUUGGGAUUUAUCGUGCCAGGUUCAAUUGAGGGACUUUGCUGCAUAUCAGCUAGCAUUUUCAAGGAGUCUCAUUUCUCAA